AUGCAAGUUAAAGUUGGCAACAAAGAGUGGAAAUUGGCACAAAAGAGUCUACGAUCCAAAAUAGUAAUACUGGUGCCCGUCCUGGUCUUGUUCGUUAUUGGUGGCUCAUUUUACAUCAGAUCUACUACGAGUGCACCCGCAUCAUCCGAACAGCAGAACACUUUGGCGGGAGUAGGAGAUGCUUUCUGCAAACAACGGUUGCUCAAGUUGGAAGAGCAAUUCAAUCAUCGGCGUCAAGUUCGCAUAGAUGCCAUGUUCCAACGGAACACCACCAAACGAACGGAGCGAUUUGAUGUCUUUGAGCCAGAGGCAAACUGCAUAGCGGAGGAACGCUUUGGAUCCGAUACCCGAUAUCUUGCGAUUGGAGAUGGGCCCAAGUUUGUCUGUGGCGUCGAUUUGAUUGGCAAUAAGAACGCCAAAAACCCAAAAGACGAGUGUCUGGUGUAUUCCAUUGGCAGUGAUAACGACAUUGAAUUCGAGAAAGCUGUACAUGAUUUCCUUGGGUGCGAAACUCAUACGUUUGACCCGACCUUGAAGACAGCAUUCAAGGGUGAUGCGUAUUCCACAUUCCAUCCGUGGGGAAUUGGCGUGGACGGGGAGACGGUGCGGGCGGUGUACAACAAGCGAAAAACCAAUUUUGUGACCAAGAGUCUCGGUGCCAUCGUAGCCGAACUUGGUCAUAACGAUAGAACCAUUGAUAUUUUCAAGAUUGACUGUGAACGCUGUGAAUACGAAGCCAUGCCUGCAUUCUUUGACCUGAUUGCAGCCAAGAAGAUUCGUGUCAAUCAAAUACAAAUCGAAUUGCAUCUUCAAUCCUACGACGCAGUUGCAAAACUUUUCAUGGCGGCGGAUAGAGCAGGGAUGCGGAUAUUUCACAAAGAGCGCAACGGUUGGGGUUGCGGUGGUUUUCGCUGCAUAGAAUACGCCCUUGUAAGCGAGGAAUACCUUCGACAAGUGAAUGGAGCAGUGUUGUGUGGUGAAAGUUCCAAAGCCUAA